AUUCCUCGAAGCCACGGAACGCAAAUGACAAAUUUAUCUUCCCAUUCUACCCUUCACAACCUUCUUAAAUUACCACCUUCCCUUCUCUUUCUGCAUCAACAAUGGCUUCCCUUAACAUCCUCGCACUAUACCUUCUCUCUCUCCUCCUCUUAUCAAGAACCCAUCUUUCUCUCCCCCUAACCACCACAGACAUCCAUGAACUUCUCCCUCAGUAUGGCCUGCCACGUGGCUUACUCCCAGACAAUGUAGAAUCCUACACGCUAUCACCAUCUGAUGGGACCUUUGAAGUCAAACUUAAGAACCCAUGUUAUGUUCACUUCGAUGAGGUUGUGUACUAUGGUAAAGAGAUCAAAGGGAGGUUGAGUUAUGGUUCUGUGCAUGAUGUGUCAGGGAUUCAGGCAAAGAAGCUUUUUGUUUGGUUGUCUGUUACUGGGAUUGAAGUUAGUAAGGUUGAUAGUGGUAUGAUUAAAUUCUUUGUAGGUUCUAUUUCUGAGGAGUUGCCUGCUAAGCAGUUUGAGGUUGUUCCUGCUUGUAAGAGGAAGGUUGGCGGGCUAAGGGCAGAGUUGGAGUCCAUAUGAAGGUGGAAGCAGACCAAAUCUUCUCAUGUUCUGCCUGCUUACUUUGAAGUUCUGGAGCAUAAUCUUUGAGAAAUUUGAAGCAAAUUAAUGCAACAUGGAUAGAUACUCUCAACAUUUAUGAUGUGAAUGUGAUGCUUUCUAUUACUUUUCCAUUUUCGCAUCGGGAGCUCAUCUUCUGCUAAGAAAUUAUAUGGAUAGGCAUAAUUGCGGAAACUAUUGUAGAUGAAAUAGUAGAUCAAACUAUAGGGAUUAAGCCAUUAGGGCAUGUCUUAAGUACAGGUCCAAGGCCAUAUUUUAGUUGACAUUUAUGGACUAGCUGGUAUGUGAUACAGCCUGAGGCAUUAGUUUGUGAAAUCUUGAAGAUAAA